AGUGGCUCUCACACCAACGAAACAAGGAGAGACUCAGAGAGGAGGCGUGUUGGUUAGCUCAUUGGCAGCAGCACACACAAACCACAUCUCCUAUAUAUAGCUCAUUUUUAGCUUUUGGAAUUUGAGAGAGGUUUUGAGAGAAAUGGCUAGCCAAGGUGUAGCCUCCAUGUUCGCUCUCGCAUUGCUCCUCGGUGCCUUUGCCUCCAUUCCUCAAAAGGCGGAGGCGAUCGGGGUGUGCUACGGCAUGAGCGCGAACAACCUGCCGCCGGCGAGCUCGGUGGUGGGGAUGUACCGCUCCAACGGCAUCACGUCGAUGCGGCUGUACGCGCCGGACCAGGCGGCGCUGCAGUCGGUGGGCGGCACGGGGAUCAGCGUCGUCGUCGGCGCGCCCAACGACGUGCUCUCCAACCUCGCCGCCAGCCCCGCCGCGGCGGCGUCGUGGGUGCGGAACAACAUCCAGGCCUACCCGUCGGUGUCGUUCCGGUACGUCGCCGUCGGGAACGAGGUCGCCGGCGGCGCCACGUCCAGCCUGGUCCCGGCCAUGGAGAACGUCCGCGGCGCGCUGGUGUCGGCGGGGCUGGGCCACAUCAAGGUGACGACGUCGGUGUCGCAGGCGCUCCUCGCCGUGUACAGCCCGCCGUCCGCCGCGGAGUUCACCGGCGAGUCGCAGGCGUUCAUGGCGCCCGUCCUGAGCUUCCUCGCCCGCACCGGCGCGCCGCUGCUCGCCAACAUCUACCCCUACUUCUCCUACACCUACAGCCAGGGCAGCGUCGACGUCUCCUACGCGCUCUUCACCGCCGCCGGCACCGUCGUCCAGGACGGCGCCUACGGGUACCAGAACCUGUUCGACACCACCGUCGACGCGUUCUACGCCGCCAUGGCCAAGCACGGCGGCUCCGGCGUCUCCCUCGUCGUCUCCGAGACAGGCUGGCCCUCCGCCGGCGGCAUGUCCGCCUCGCCGGCCAACGCCCGGAUCUACAACCAGAACCUCAUCAACCACGUCGGCCGCGGCACGCCGCGCCACCCCGGCGCCAUCGAGACCUACGUCUUCUCCAUGUUCAACGAGAACCAGAAGGACGCCGGCGUCGAGCAGAAUUGGGGCCUCUUCUACCCCAACAUGCAGCACGUCUACCCCAUCAGCUUCUGAUGCAUUCCGUACACAUAUACGCAUACGUAUGCGUAUACGUGACCGCAGGUAGUGUAGUAUACACGUACACGUACCUGUACAUUACAGUAUUGUACAGAGGGCUUGGCUUGCGACCGCUGAGAGGACACGUACACCAAGUGUACGUCUGUCAGAUGCGUACGCGAUAGUAUAUAUAUUGGGUAUAUUAUAUAUAUACCGUAUUAUUACGGUAUGUAUAGAAGGGAAGCUACAGGUACAAAAUACGGUACGCUGUGGUAGGCGAAUUAGCCCCCAUUUUCCCUUCCUAGAUUACUAUUACUAUAUAGAGAGGGUUGCAAUAUAUAUACAUGUAUAUGUACGUACUUAGGAGGUGUAUUUUGUACGUACACAGAUUGUAAUACUGUACAUUUGUACGCCGUACGUCGAGGUAUUUUGCCUCACGUAGGCGUUUGAGAAAAAAAAAGAAAAAAUUUAAAAGAUUUUA